AUGCCGAAAAUAAAUAAAUUGACAUCGUAAAACAAAUCCGUUGCGUGCGGGAAAUUCGGGUGCGUCUCUAGGAAGAACUUCAACGAAAGUACGACAAUGCGAGACCCGGUUCAUCGUGCAAAACCUAACUAAGUCUCUAGCGCCCACAGUCGCCAAUAGCCUACGACGGAAACGUAACCAAUGGAACUGCCUUUAUUAGGUGAUACGCUGAUCGUUCUCGUGUCCCAGCUAAUAUUCUUCAUCGGAGGAUGGCUGUUUUUUGUGAAGCAACUCUUUCGCAACUACGAGAUACGCCAUGUGCUCGUUCAGCUCAUAUUCUCGUCCACUCUGGCCCUCUCGCUGACCAUGUUCGAGCUGAUCAUUUUCGAAAUCAUCGGUUUUCUUGACUCGACGUCGCGGUACUUCCACUGGCGGCUCGGGUUAACACUACUGCUGAUCAUGGUGAUCGCCGUCAUACCUUAUUUGAUCGCAUAUUCCUGCAUAAGCAAUGUGCGGCUAGUUCCGGCCAAAUGGGUACAACCGUUGACGUCCCUCAUCUGGCUGUGCUAUUUGUACGGGUUCUGGCGAAUAGGUGAUCCGUUCCCGUUGCUAAGCGUAAGCCGGGGAAUCUUCACGAUCGAGCAGGCAGUAUCACGUAUCGGCGUUGUUGGUGUCACCGUGAUGGCCGUCCUGUCCGGGUUUGGUGCCGUUAAUUAUCCGUACACAAGCAUGUCUUACUUCAUACGCCCAGUUUCGCAGAGUGAUGUGCUCAAUCUGGAACGACGGCUGAUGCAAACGAUGGACAUGAUUCUGGUGAAGAAAAAGCGUAUCGCUCUCGACCGGAGGAGAAACAAGCCCAAUCAAAAGCAAAGCAUAUGGGGUAUGAUAAGCAGUGUAACGCAACGGCCAGCAGGGGCAGAAAAUAUCGGACAGCUACGACUAGAAAUUUCAGCAUUAGAGGAACUCUCGCGGCAACUCUUCCUCGAGGCUCAUUCGAUGAAAAACAUGCAAGAACGGGAACGGUGGGCAGCAACGCUCCAGGGCAAAUAUUUCAACGUGCUUGGGCACUUUUUUAGUUUAUACUGUUUAUGGAAGAUUUUCAUCUGCACAAUCAACAUUAUAUUCGAUCGCGUGGGAAAGAAGGACCCGGUUACGCGCGGUAUCGAAAUAGCCGUACAUUGGUGCGGUUUUGACAUGGACAUAGCAUUCUGGAGCCAGCACGUCUCGUUCCUGCUCGUCGGCUGUAUCGUCGUCACCUCAAUCCGUGGUCUGCUGCUAACGCUGACGAAGUUUUUCUACAAAAUUUCGUCCAGCAAAUCGUCCAACAUCAUAGUGCUGGUGCUCGCGCAGAUCAUGGGCAUGUACUUCUGCUCGUCCGUGCUGUUGAUGCGGAUGAACAUGCCGGCCGAGUACCGGGUCAUCAUCACGGAGGUGCUCGGUGGCCUGCACUUUAACUUCUACCAUCGUUGGUUCGACGUAAUCUUCCUCGUGAGUGCCCUAGCGACCAUUGUUGUGCUCUAUCUGCUCCACAAGCCACCGAAUGUCGACAGUAGCAUGUAGACGUUCGCCAUGCGUGUCUCUUUUUCUUUUUGGUUUGCGCCUGAAAGUCCAUUUUCCAUUUCGGCGAAAACCCGAUGGACCAAACGAAGCUCCUGCACUAAAGUCACUUCACAAAGUGGCCAUACUAAUUUACUGCUACAUUAUGGUGGGCCUUGUCUGUGAUUUCAAACAAUGGCAAUUGCUCAGACAUGCUGGGUAUUCUCUAAGUUAUCGCAAAACAAAAAUCAGCUUUUAUUUUUAAAUCCAUUCCGACGCUCCACAAAUACGAAGCAACAGGCAACAGGCGAUAUGUCUUGGUGUAUAUAUUUAACGAAUAAACAAAAAAUCCUCCGUUAAAAUGCGUCAUU